GCAGGCGGUAGUCGGCAGACGGCAGACGGCAGACACCUAUAAAUUAUAUAUUAUAUUGUAUUAUGCGGGUUCGGUAGUAAGAAAAAAAACGCGAUUGUCGUUGCACGUAACCGCGUAUCGACUUUUCCACAGUCGACGGCGGAGUACAAUUUUAUUCGACCCAACAGUUGUGAUCAUCGCGAUUCAUUAUAACAUUUUAUCUGUUAUUAUGCGCAAUAAUUUGCGCGGCAGUGCCGACGAACGGUACCGGAAGGCGGACCAUUGCGAAUAGCGGAAUAACGGACGUUUCUGAGUGCUGCUAGCGAUAACGGGAAAUCACUGUGAUAAGCAUUUAUGAUUUUACGAUAUUAUAUUACUUAAUAAUAUUAUUAUUUACACUUUUAUAAUUUUAAAAUACCUAUUUUAUUAAUAUACUUAAUGACGUCUGUGUUAAUACUGUUACUGGUUACUGCUACUACUAUAAUUUUUAUUACGUAUUUAAAUUGAAUCAGACAUUCAGAACGAUAAUUCACAAUGAAUUCAACCUCGGACCUACUCAUCAAAAACCUAAAACCGUUACCAAUUCGCAAUCCAUUUGGUCGAGUAAAAAAAAUGGGUGUAGACAUCGAUAGUGUUAUAAGCGAAAUAAAAUUUGAUCAAAAGUUAAUAAGUGUGUUUAACACGUAUAACAAGUAUAUAAAUUUUCGGUUUGACUAUGUUAUUAGAACAAGUAUCACUCAGUUACCAGACGAAUUGAAUCAUAAUGUCGAUAAUUAUGAAUUUGAUUCAAACCAACAAAUUUUACUAGAUUGUAUUAAUAGUAACAAUAGUUUAGAUAAUGUUACAAAAUUGCGAGAAGAAUUAAAAACUUUAACAACAGAAGUAAAUUUAAAAAGAAAAGAAUUGAGUAUAAUUACUAUUAAUGAGGAUGGAUUAAAAAAAAACAUUAAACAUUUAGAAGAUAUUAUAUUAAUAAAAAAAAAUUUUAUUAACGACACUGCCAGCUAUGCAGAAAUCAGAUGCAAUGCUAAAGAAAAAGUUCAAAAAGAGUACAAUAGAAUAAAUAAAAAAUAUAUUAAAAUUUUAAGUCAAUUAAAUAAGUCAAAUAAAAUAACAAAAUCAAAUUAUAGUAAUGAAACUAUUAAAGAUAUGAAUUACGGGGAGCGAACAAAUAAUAGACUAUUACGAUAUGAAGAAAAAAUUAAAAAAAUGGAUGACAUUAUAAAAAUUGCCAGUGAUAGUGAAGAAAAAUUACUACAAUAUCAAAUUGCUUUAAAAACUUCUAAUGAUCGCUUAAAAAUAUUUAAUGACCAAUUAAAUAACCAAAUAAAAAAUAAACAAGAUGUUUCAUUACUAUUAAUACAAAAUGAAAAGAGAAUUAAUCAAUUGAAAAAUAAUUUAUCUAAUUUGGGAGUGUUAUCAAGCAUAGAAAAAAGUAGAGUCCAUGUAUCAUCAAAUUUAAUUGGAAAUAAUAAUUUAAAAAAAGAAUUUUUGGAUUUACAAAAUAUGAGAAAUGAAAUUUUAAGCUCACGUCCUAGAGGAAUGUUUAAUCCUAAACAUCAAAAGGAAAAUAAUGUGUUCAAAGAAGAUAUUCGAAAAUAUUUAGAAAAUGAUGAAGCAAUUAAUUCAAUAGAUUAUUUAAUUGAAUUAAAAAAUAAUAUGUACAAUAAUAAUAUCAAUUUAUUAAAUUUUAUUCAAACGAAUUCAAAUGAAACAAAAAUUUUCUGGAAAUGUCUAUCAACAUUAAAUAUAAAUGAACUUAAAAAAUUGUUGGUACAUUAUUUUAUUAAAGUUGUGGAUUUAAAAGAAUCUGGGCGAGAAAAUGAUGAAUUAAUAUCUAAACUCGAUGCAAUAAAUGAUAGACAAAGGCAUACUAUUGUAUCUUUAAAUAACAGUUAUCAAGAAUUCCAUUUGUCAAUUGAAAAAAAAUUCAUGGAAUUAAAAAAAUAUUAUCAAGCAAAAGUUAAUAUGUUAUUCCAACUAGUUCAAGAAGAAAAUAAUGCUAUUACUAUGUUUAAAAUGAGACAAGAAAUCAUAGGACUUAAAAAGAAAAUAAUUGAAUUGGAGAAGUUAAAAACAGUAAAACCCAAGGACACUCCAGUGAUGCCAGAACCCCAUAUCUGUUUAAAUCUUCUAGAGGCAUCAAAAUCAGAAUCCGAAACUAUGUCAUCUGCCAAAGUAAUAUACCAUAAAAACAAACUGAAGAUACAAAAAAAUAAAUCCAAAUUAAUUUGACAUAGAUUUUAAAACAGAAAAUAUAUAGCUGUGUUACUUGUAUUAAUUGUUUUACUAUUUGUAUUACUUACUUGUACUAAAAAGCAUAGAUAUACUUGAGCUUUAGCUUGUAUUUUAACUUCAAUUCCCUUUCUAUUUGGGUCUAAAAAUUGUAUACCACAACAAAUUUGAAACUGCACUAUAAUAUAGAUUAUUAGUAGGGCUCGGAUUUUUAUGUAUAAAAAAAACCAAAAUAUAUAAAUGUACAUUUAAUAAAAAAUCACUUUUUAUAAAAUAAAAAAAAUUUAAUUAAAUCUUAAAAAGCAUUUAAAGAUUUAUUUUCCAACUUGGAGAUAAGAAUAUCCUUAUGUAUAAAAGCACAGCAAAAACUGCAAUUAAAUGAAUUUUUAUUAUCUGUAAAAGUAGUAGAAGCAAAACACUGUUGUUUAAAUUUUUGUUUUCUUAUUUUACUUUCUUCGUGUUUGGCGGUCCUUAUAAUAUGUUGUAUUACUAAAAAACGUUUAAUAGAAACAGAUUUUUCACUCACAGUAUAAAUCUCAUUAUUGCUUUUAAAAUGUUCAUUAGGAAAUUCUUGAAGAUAUUUUUUAGCUUUUCCGUACUAGGAUGCUAAUACUUUCGGCAUGAUUUAAAUACAAACACUCGAAAUUACACGUCUAAAUAUGAUACUAAGAAUAAUCAGAUACACAUGUGAUACCUUCGUUAACAUACAUAUACUGUCUUAUUGUUAGUACUUCGAACACAAACGGGCUAUUAAUGAAAUAAUAAAUACCAAUCAAUCGUUUAUUGGAACUCGUAUUGAUCAUAGAUUAGGGUUCAAUAAUUGGUAUUAUUUUGUUUACGUACUUUUGGAAACACAGAAAAUUGCAUACUAAGUUAAAAAUAAAUAAAUAAUUAUCUAAAGAUUUAGGAAAAAAUUAAAUCAUUAAGAAAUAUGUAAAAUUAAAUAUAGUUCAUUUUAUUAAAAAUUAUUUGAAACAAAUUUAUCACAUCUAAAUUAAUUUAUCAAAUCACAGUAAAAAUAUGUAUUUACAUAUAAAUCUGAGCCCUAAUUAUUAGUAAAUAGUAUUAUAAAUUAUUUAAUAUUAUACUAAUAUACUACUAUAUUAUAUUACCGCAUUGCAAUAUUAUUAAAUAGAUUAUAUAAAAUGCCUAACUGAUGAUGACUUAUGAACUAAAACGUCUUGUACCUCUAUCUAGUUAAAAAAAAAUUCUAGUUACUGCAAUAUUACCCCAAGCUCAAACUUUUUCUUAUAUUUUAUGAUUGUUGUUUACUUAUUAUACCAAUAUAUAGUUACCAAUAACUAUUAAAAUGUUAAUACAAAUUUAUUAGUAACCAUUUAAUUGAAAAUGAUUUAAAAAAAUAUGUUUAUUUAGAUAAAUUACAUAUUAAUAUAUUUAAUUUUUAUGAUUUUGUUAAUUUAACAUAUUAAUACAUUUUUACUGAAAUAUAUACAUUUUUAAAAUCGCUUCCCACAAAUGUGUUUGCACGAAGUGAUCUUAUAUGAUUUAUAUUUUAUCAGUAUUUACUAUUUUGUAUCUUGUAUUUUAUUAAAUACAGUCAUUAAA